UUAUAUACUUAUUAUUUAACAAAAUGAGUUUAGUUACAUUACAAUUUGGCCAAUGUGGCAAUCAAAUAGGACACAGUUUGUAUACAAUUCUUCAAGAAGACAUUCUGAAGAAAAAUUCUGAUAAAGAGGUAUUUUACUGGGAAGCUGUAAACAAAUGGUUUAAUAUAAAUGAAAGGGGUAUAUGGGAACCGAGAUCAAUUUUAAUAGAUACUGAAACAAAAGUUUUGGAUAACUUUAAACCAAGUAACUUAAAAUUUACUAGCGUUGUGGCAAAAUCUAUUGGAGGUUCAGCUAAUAAUUGGGCUUUUGGAUAUCAAGAAAAUAGUAAAUUAGUUGUUAGUGAAGUGUUAAAUAGUGUUCGUAAAGAAAUAGAAAAAUGUGACUUUCUUACUUCUUUCUUAAAUCUGUAUAGUUUAUCAGGUGGAACAGGUUCAGGUGUUGGCAGCUACAUUAUUGAGAAACUUCGUAAUGAGUAUCCCAAAAAAAUUAUAAUCAAUUGUGCCGUCUUACCUUAUGUAAAGGGUGAAGUUGCAACUCAGGCUUAUAAUAGUAUUUUGAAUCUGGCUCAUUUAUAUCCUAUUAGUGAUAGUACAAUUUUGUUUGAGAAUGAAAAAAUGUUGCAUAUUUGCAAGCAUAAUUUAGGUUUUACAGAAGUUUCUUUCUCGGACAUUAAUUCUGUAAUAUCGCAACAGCUGGGUUCAAUAUUUCAGCCUAACAAUAAAAAUCAAAUCACGACAAUGAUAAACAAUCUUACAGCUCAUCCCUCUUUCAAAUAUCUGCAAAUAAAGUCUGAACCAAAUAUUAAGAAUGGGAGUUACACUUUUGAAAGUAGCCAACAAUGGUCUUAUUUAAUAACUGCUUUAGCAAAGCAAAGUAGAUAUGACAUUCAGCAAAUUAACAAUAACACAAGCUUUAAACAUAAAUUAAUUGCUAAUGCUGUAAUAACUCGUAGUGUAGAUCCAAUACCUGUAGGUGCUUUAAACAUUUUGAGAGAUUCUAAAGACUUUGUUUCAUGGGUUCCUAAGAAUGAACAGUUCAGGCACUUUCACACAUGUAGAGAAUUUCUAAAUUAUCAAAAAUAUAUUUGUUUGUUGUAUAAUAGUAAUAAAAUUGUUCUUCCCUUAAAUACAAUUGUUGAGGAUGCUUGGAAGGCAUUUACUCAUGGAGCUUAUUUACACCACUAUAAUAAAUAUAAUAUUGAUGAAGAUUGGUUUUUAAAUGCUUUUCAAGCUAUAGAAACUAUUUUAAAUAAUUAUAACAGUAUAUGAAAUUAGAGUAAAGAAUUUGAUCUUGUUGAUUUUUUGGUAUAUACUUGUGAAAAUAUAUUAAUUUUUAUUUAUAAUGGCGUUAUAUUUUAUUUAUUACCCAAAAAA